AUGUCAUUUGGUGCACAGAAUUGUAACCCAACCUCCAUCUCUGGUUGCUUCUCACCUUCUAGCUAUCGGCAGCUGUUGACAAGUGAAGUUGUAUGCAGUGUGAGAAUGCAGGUGUGGGAGGUGGAUUACAUGUAGGCCAGGGCCUAGAGCGUGGAGUGGUGGCCAGGGAGAGCUACCUUUUGCACUGGUAUCAGAUUUUAGGAUUUUAGUUUGCUUCUUCUGGCUUAUGCAGUGCUCCAGGCAUUUUGGACCUGACAUGCUCCUCUCCAGCCCACUUCUAGGCAGACCAUUUACAUCAUGGCAGGCUGUGUUGCAGUCACCCCUUUGGCCAGGUUGGGAGGCAUAGCCUGAGCUUGUGGGCUCUGAUAUCCUGUAGGAUGUGGCAGAGAGGACUGAAGACCAUGGCAGAGUCCCAAUCCAGGACAGUCUUCCCUGAUACCCAAGGGACGCUUGUAGUAGCAGCAACAACAAAAUUGAUGGUUCCCUGACCUGUAAGAGGGUGGGUGAUUUGGUUUGUAGCUUACAGAGUUAAAUCAUGUGAGCUGUAUGCAUCCUUAGCUAAAACGUAUAAUUGCGUUUGUCGAAUUUCAUUUUUUUUCAUACUUUCUGUAUUCCUCAGUAUGCAGUUGCCAUUUGCUAUCCGAAGGGCACUUUCCAUAUACACAGGGUUUUAAAGGUCAAGUGCAGCUUUCUGAUGGGAGCAUUUUUAAGAUUGUCCAUAUUCAUGGUAUGAGAAGGCUCCUGUGUGUGUGCAUGUGGGUGGUGUCCUUUGAUCACUUGCUUGAAGAUCCUGAAGGUGACCCACAAUUAAUUGCUCUUUUGAAAGUUAGAGAAACAACUCACUAUGCAUUUGCUAAUGUGAGACACACAGAGUGUGAAGUGGUGGGGUAGGCAGAAGGCAAGUGGCUGUGGGGAGUAGAUACGGUCACCCAUCUAAUAUGUUGUCCCUUCCAUGUUUGAGUAUCACAGCAACCCUGCAGAGCAGGUGGGGUGGUCAUCCUCAUCUCACUUGUGAGGGAUCGGCUCUCACUCAAGUUUGUACAACUAGGAGGACUAGAAGCACCUUUCUUUCCUCCAGUCCUGCCUUCCUGGAGCUUGCAGAAAAAGACUGGUCACUCAGCUCUGUAGCUGAGAUUAGAGGUCCCCAAGUUGCUGGUCUAUGCGAUGUUUUCACAGAAUGACAGUUGAGGGGAGUGGUGCUCUCUGUGUUCUGGGCAUUCAUUUCUUGAGACCAGAGGCAUUCCUAUAGUUAUAAAGGUUCCCAGAAAUUGUUUUAAUAUAGCACAAACCUUGUGAUGAAAGAUUGAAAAUUUAAACUGCAUUUUUCUGGCAUUGAGUUCACGCGGGAGGGCAUCGUUGCGAGUCUUGUCUUGAGAAAACCUCUGUGGUCGUGUUUCCAUGGACCCACCUUUCCUAAUCCUUGUCCUCUUAAUGGUUUCAACAGGACAGAUUGAUUCACUUUGGAGCUAUAAGUACUGAUGUAUUAGGGUGCAGCGCUCAUUGUUCAUUGACGCAGAGUCUCAAAAUGAAUAUUCAAGAGCAGGGUUUCCCUUUGGACCUCGGAGCAAGUUUCACCGAAGAUGCCCCCAGACCCCCAGUGCCUGGUGAGGAGGGUGAACUGGUGUCCACAGACCCCAGGCCCGUCAACCACAGCUUCUGCUCUGGGAAAGGUGUUGGGAUUAAAGGUGAGACUUCAACAGCCACUCCAAGGCGCUCAGAUCUGGACCUGGGGUACGAGCCUGAGGGCAGCGCUUCACCCACCCCACCGUACUUGAAGUGGGCUGAGUCGUUGCACUCCUUACUAGAUGAUCAAGACGGGAUAAACUUGUUUAGGACUUUCCUGAAGCAGGAGGACUGUGCGGACCUGCUGGACUUCUGGUUUGCCUGCAGCGGCUUCAGGAAACUGGAGCCCUGUGACUCAAAUGAGGAGAAGAGGCUAAAGUUGGCCAAAGCUAUUUACCGAAAGUACAUCCUUGAUAACAAUGGCAUCGUGUCUAGGCAAACCAAGCCAGCCACCAAGAGUUUCAUAAAGGACUGCAUCAUGAAGCAGCUGAUCGAUCCUGCCAUGUUUGACCAGGCCCAAACAGAAAUCCAGUCCACCAUGGAGGAGAACACCUACCCCUCAUUCCUCAAGUCUGAUAUUUAUUUGGAGUACACGAGGACAGGCUCGGAGAGCCCGAAGCUCUGUAGUGACCAGAGCUCUGGGUCAGGGACAGGGAAGGGCAUACCUGGAUACCUGCCCACUUUGAACGAAGAUGAGGAAUGGAAAUGUGACCAAGACGUAGAUGAAGACGAUGGCAGAGACCCUGCUCCCCCUGGCAGGCUCACACAAAAGCUGCUUCUGGAGACAGCCGCCCCACGGGCCUCCUCAAGUAGACGGUACAGCGAAGGCAGAGAAUUCAGGUAUGGGCCGUGGCGGGAGCCCGUCAAUCCCUACUACGUCAACUCUGGCUAUGCCCUCGCCCCGGCCACUAGCACCAAUGACAGUGAGCAGCAGAGCCUGUCCAGUGAUGCCGACAGCCUGUCCCUUACCGACAGCAGCGUGGAUGGAAUCCCACCGUACAGGAUCCGCAAGCAGCACCGCCGGGAGAUGCAGGAGAACGUCCAGGUCAACGGGCGGGUGCCUCUACCUCACAUUCCUCGUACUUACCGAAUGCCAAAGGAAAUCCGUGUGGAGCCCCAGAAGUUUGCCGCGGAGCUCAUCCACCGCCUGGAGGCCGUGCAGCGGACGCGGGAGGCCGAGGAGAAGCUGGAGGAGCGGCUGAAGCGUGUGCGGAUGGAGGAAGAAGGUGAGGAUGGCGAUGUUUCUUCUGCCCCGCCAGGGGCCAGUCACAAACUGCCUUCAGCCCCGGCCUGGCACCACUUCCCACCCCGCUAUUCAGAUGUGGGCUGUGUGGGGCUGCGGGAUGCGCAUGAGGAGAACCCUGAGAGUAUCCUGGAUGAACAUGUGCAACGGGUCAUGAGGACUCCCGGCUGCCAGUCACCAGGGCCAGGCCACCGAUCCCCUGACAGCGCGCACAUGCCCAAAAUUUCAGGGGUGCUGGGGGGCACAGCCCUGGGGCAUGGUAAGCAUGCACCCAAGUCAGGGGUGAAGCUCGAGGCAGCCGGCCUGCACAUUCACAGGCACAGCCACCACCAUAGCCACCACGGUGUGGCCAGGCCCAAGGAGCAGGCUGAGACCGAGGCUGCCCGCCGGGUCCAGAGCAGCUUCGCUUGGGGUCUAGAGCUGCACAGCCAUGUGGCCAAGCCCCGAAGCCACUUGGAGAGUGUGGGCGCUGCCCCCAAUGCCAGCGACAGCCUGGCCUACAGCGGGAAGGCCGGCACGACUUCCAAAAGAAAUGCUAAGAAAGCCGAGUCUGGGAAGAGUGCCAGCACCGAGGUGCCAGGCUCCUCAGAGGAUGCAGAGAAGAAUCAGAAGAUCAUGCAGUGGAUCAUUGAGGGGGAGAAAGAGAUCAGUAGGCACAGGAAAGCCGGCCACGGGUCUUCUGGGGUGAAGAAACAGCAGGCCCACGAGAGCUCCAGGCCCUUGUCCAUUGAGCGUCCUGGGGCUGUACACCCCUGGGUCAGCGCUCAGCUCCGGAACUCCGUCCAGCCCUCUCAUCUCUUCAUUCAAGACCCCACAAUGCCACCCAACCCAGCCCCCAACCCUCUGACCCAGCUGGAGGAGGCCCGAAGGCGUCUGGAGGAGGAAGAGAAGAGAGCCAGCAAGUUGCCCUCGAAGCAGAGGUAUGUGCAGGAGGUCAUCCAGCGGGGGCGCUCCUGCAUCAGGCCGGCGUGCACGCCCGUGCUGAGCGUGGUGCCAGCGGUGUCCGACAUGGAGCUCUCCGAGACAGAGACAAAAUCACAGAGGAAGGCGGGCAGUGGGAGCACCCAGCCUUGCGAUAGCAUCGUUGUGGCCUACUACUUCUGUGGGGAGCCCAUCCCCUACCGGACCCUGGUGAGGGGCCGUGCGGUCACCCUGGGCCAGUUCAAGGAGCUGCUGACCAAGAAAGGCAACUAUAGAUACUACUUUAAGAAAGUGAGUGACGAGUUUGACUGUGGAGUGGUGUUUGAGGAGGUUCGGGAAGACGAGGCCGUCCUGCCUGUCUUCGAGGAGAAGAUCAUCGGCAAGGUGGAGAAGGUGGACUGAUGGACAGGCCUGGCCUCUGCAUCAGGCUGGGCCCUUGUUAGUGGUGGUGGGAGAAGCCACACUGAGAGCCUGGAAGGGCUGUGGCAUGUCAGGUGCUCUCACAUGUGUGCAGACACACAGCUCCUGGUGUCAGGCUGGGGCUGCUACCCACCCCUUUGGUCCAUCUGUGUCCAAGUGAGCGGGGAUCCUGCUGAGUGGUCCCACAGGCGUCUGUCCUGCUGCUGGUGAGGAGGGGCCCCAUCCACUCCUCCACAGCAAUACUCAGAGUUCCCCCAUGCAGAGAGCCCACGAUGGGGCUGCCUUGAUGACCCUCCCCAGUGGCCCCCUGCUGCUAACUAUGGGCCAUCCCCCACCCCCGCACCCGCCCACUGCCUGUCUGCCGGGCACUGAUACCACAGGCUCUGCUUCUUCCUCCUGGACUCACCCACUAUGCCCUGCCCUGGUCAGGACCAGCCCAGGCCCAGGGUACAGGGGGCCCUAGGGGGCCUUUAAAUUGUACAUGUCACCGAGUGCCUUCAACACAGCUUGUCUCUUGCCUGCCACUGUGUGGAUCCGGUGACGGGGCACCUCGUUGUCCCCUCUCCAUCCUCAGUUUCCACAGCGCUGGCUCAGCGGGUCCUGGGCCCCUCCUUUCUAAGGGCCCAUGUAAAUAUGUACAUUUCUCAGGCUAGGGCCAGCAGGGGGCUGCCCUGAGCCCAUUUUUCAUGCGCUGACUUGUACAAUUAUCUUUUCAAAGGUACUUGGAUAAUAAUGAAAUAAAACCGUUUUUGAACCUUC